AAUCCGUGACUUCACAAGCAUUUCGAUCCCCUCGGUUCUGCCUUUUUGAAAACCUCACCACCACCUCCUCACCCACCUCUCCUCUCCUCUCCUCAUGGUCCUCAUGGCCACCGACUCCGACCACCAUCCCACGGCCAAGCCCGCACCAGAGCCUCCCGCCCCGGCGUCGCCGUCGCCGGCUCCCGCCAUGCGCACCCGCCUCCACAGCUUCUCCUUCCCGACGCUCAGCUGGGGCGCGCACCGCCUCCUCCGCUGCUCCAAGGACGGCUCCUCCGCAUCCACCUCCCCGCCACCGCACCCGCAGACGCCGUCUCCGGAGAAGGAGAAGCCCCAGGGCCAGGGUUCCCCGGGCGCUGCGGGCGCGUCUCAGCCACCGCGGCCCUGGAACCUACGCACCCGCCGCUCUGCUUCCGUGGCGCCGCCUGCGUUGAGACCGGAGGGCGCGGGGAAGGCGGGUCAGGCGCAGCAGCCGCUCGCGCCGCCGCCACCGGAGGCGAGGAAGAGGAGCUUCUCCGUCGCGCUGACCAAGGAGGAGAUUGCCGAGGACUUCGCCGCCAUCCGCGGCACGCGCCCACCGCGCCGGCCCAAGAAGCGCCCGCGCGCCGUGCAGCGCCAGCUCGAUAUGUUGUAUCCAGGAUUAUCUCUCGCGGACGUGACUCUGGACUCGUACAAGAUCGAGGAGAGGUUAUUGGCGCCGUGAUGGAGCUGCAAAUAGGAGGAACUUUUCAGGUGUUUCCAGCAUUGUUUUCUUCACGCGAUGGCUAACGUCUCCAUCCCAUGAUUAUCUUGGUUCUUCUGGACUAGAAGAUGGAAUGUUAGAUUUCCGGUGCUAAUUUUGUAUAGAGUCCUUUUUUAUGAUAAAUUAUUGGGUUGUCGGGCGAUGUUUGUGCUUUGGGAUGUGAUGUUUGGGUUUGGGGGUAUGGUUCUAGUAGGAAGGGCCAGGGUAAUAUCCUUAGGUGAUGGGGAGUUGUCAUGCUAUGUACAUGUUUCUAAUCUAUGAAAUGUUUUCCUCUUUCAAAUUGCUCCAAGGAAGCUGUUGAUUAAAUGACAUGGAAUUGUGCUAUUGAAUUUGCUGUUGAUUUUGUGUUGCUUCUUGCUUUGGACUAAAGGCUUUGUUGUUGUUGUUGCUGCUGCUGCUGCUAUUGCUUUUUGAUGAUUGUCUUUUGAAUUUACUGAUUAAAGACAAAUCAUUAGUUGCAUUGCUUGACAAUGGAAGAGUCUGCA